UUUCCCUUCCUUAUACUACUCAUGGCGCUUUCCGAUAACGCUCGUCAAUCUCUCAUGCCAAGCUUUCUCUAUUCGAUGUCUUCGUCGAAUAAAACCCUAGGUUUUGAGAAUCUUCUCAACCGAAACCAGAACUCCCCAUCUCUAUCAGCUCCAUCCUUCCCAACGACCAAUGGAGUUUCGAAAAACUUCAUCAUUCCUUCUCCGAGCGAACCCGGGAUCGCGAUGUAUUCUCCGGCUUUCUACGCCGCUUGUACUGCCGGUGGAAUCUUGGCUUGUGGCCUUACUCAUAUGGCCGUUACUCCUCUGGAUCUGGUUAAAUGUAAUAUGCAGAUUGACCCCGCAAAGUACAAGAGCAUCAGAUCUGGGUUUGGAGUUUUGCUUAAAGAGCAGGGGGUUAAAGGUUUCUUCAGGGGUUGGGUGCCAACCCUGCUUGGGUAUAGUAUGCAGGGUGCCUGCAAGUAUGGAUUCUAUGAAUUCUUUAAGAAGUACUACUCAGACAUUGCUGGGCCUGAGUAUGCAACCAAGUACAAAACCUUGAUCUACCUUGCUGGUUCUGCAUCUGCUGAGGUGAUUGCCGAUGUUGCCCUGUGCCCUAUGGAGGCAGUGAAGGUCCGUGUCCAAACUCAGCCCGGGUUUGCUAAGGGGCUGUCUGAUGGGCUCCCCAAGUUUGUCAAAGCACAAGGAUAUUUUGGGUUGUACAAAGGGCUUGUUCCACUAUGGGGGCGUCAGAUUCCAUAUACCAUGAUGAAGUUUGCUUCCUUUGAGACCAUUGUGGAGAUGCUGUACAAGUACGCCAUCCCCACCCCAAAGGACCAGUGCAGCAAAUCUCUACAGCUGGGUAUUAGCUUUGCUGGUGGAUAUGUUGCUGGUGUUUUCUGUGCUAUUGUCUCUCACCCAGCUGACAAUCUUGUCUCCUUCCUCAACAACGCCCAGGGCGCCACUGUGGGUGAUGCUGUGAAGAAGCUAGGGUUGUGGGGUCUCUUCACUCGUGGUCUUCCUCUUCGUAUUGUGAUGAUCGGUACCCUUACUGGAGCUCAAUGGGGCAUCUACGAUGCUUUCAAAAUUUUUGUUGGGCUGCCAACAACUGGUGGUGCUGUCGCUAAAGCUCCUGCCCCCGAUGCAUCUGAGCUUGCAAAGGUGUAACUUGGGAAUAUUGAAUGCUUUCCUUUUUCCCAGAUUGCAGACUGGGGUUUUUGUUGCUGAAAAAGGUGACCAGUGGCAAAGUGGAGGUGUAUUCUUUUCCUAUUCAGAAGAUUUUUUAGCUACAUUUAUUUUGUGAGGAUGGUUUUGAAUUCAUCCUCUAAAUCUUGAGGACAUAGGUGCAGUAGAUCCUAUACGGUGACUGGUAAUAAUGAUUAGAAAGGUGGGGAUGUUGAUUUUAUCAGGCCCAUCUGUACUUCACAAACGUUUUGUA